GAUAAAACAUGUUGUGAUUUGGUGCAGUACAAAUAAAUUUAAACUUCUGCGGUGUUCAGCUCGAGUUAAUAUUAUGACAUGGAGACAAAAUAAAACAAGAGUGACAACAUCUGCCAAAGUGAGGAGAGACGCUGUUCUCUUUAGAUGAAUGACGGUCCAUAACUUGUACAUAUUUGACCGCAAUGGCAACUGCCUGUAUUAUAACGAAUGGAACCGCAAGAAGCAGGCGGGGAUCUCCAAGGAGGAGGAGUUUAAGCUGAUGUAUGGGAUGCUGUUCUCCAUCCGUUCAUUCGUCAGUAAGAUGUCUCCUCUGGACAUGAAGGAGGGCUUCCUGUCCUUUCAGACCAGCAAGUACCGUCUUCAUUACUAUGAGACUCCCACUGGACUGAGGUUCGUCAUGAACACAGACCUGUCUGUGUCCAACGCCAGAGAGACCCUGCAGCACAUAUACAGCAACCUGUAUGUGGAGUACAUCGUGAAGAACCCAGUGUGCAACUCGGCUCACAGUUUGGACAGCGAGCUGUUCAGCAGUCGACUGGACGCCUUCAUCAGAGCUCUGCCGUACUACAGCCCACGAGCUGCUUAACACACACACACACACACACACACAGUUUUAUUGUAUUUAUUAUCAACAUGACGACGUCUUUGUGUUUUCUGGCUUCAUCUGUGGAAUAAAUGUUUCCAAAGCUUUG